AUGUUAGAGCAUCAGUCGCCCACUCUGCUGCCACCAGCUUUGAACAACAGUAGCUGUUGGCCAGAUGGCUCAUCGAAAAUUAUGUGGACAACCCCAGGCCCCGGGGAACUCAUUCGAGCAGCUUUAAUCCUCAUGCUGAGUCUGGGAAUUCUCCUCGCAAAUCUCCUCGUCAUCUGCGUUAUCAACAGCCACCGAUACAGCAAAUACAUUCAUGCCCAGCCAAAAUAUCUGCUAACGAGUCUCGCAAGCAACGAUCUCGCAAUUGGAAUACUGGUGACACCCUUUGGAUUUCUCCCGGCUAUCUACGGCUGCUGGCCCUACGGCGAAGUUGUCUGCCAAAUUCAGGCGCUAUUGCGUGGUGCUCUCACUCAACAAAGUGCCGUCAUACUUGUCUGCAUGGCGAUCGAUCGUUAUGUGUGUAUGCUUCAUCCACACCGGUACUACCGUCACUCCUCGAAAAAGUAUUACAUGCGUCAGGGGUGUAUGGCAGUGAUGUCUACCACUUGGAUCGCCAGUGUUGCGGUCUUUGGAAGUCUUGUUUUGCCCAGCGGCGGUUACUACUUCAAUAGCUCCGGCCUUCUUGCCUGCGAUCCUUUCUUCGCCAAAGCAUCUUUCAGGAUAUUGGCCUGUUGCUGCUUUUAUUUUCCAACAACCAUGGUAUUGAUGUACUGCUACGGGUCGGCGUUCCAUGUUAACAAAUUGAGGAUUAAACGUGUUGUGUGUGUUAAUGCACCGGAGAUUGUCAGCGGAGGAAAUAUCGAGAGGUUCGUUGCGCAUGAGAGACGACUAUCAACAUCGGUAUCCCGCACAAUGGCAGCAAUGAGCCUCGGAUUUAUCGUUAUGGUAACUCCAUGGACCAUUCAAGAAGUUGUUGUUGCCUGCACCGGAAGUAAACCACCACCUUUCCUUGAUUUCCUCGCAACGUGGCUAGCACUGUCCAACAGCUUCUGGAAUCCAUUUCUCUACUGGCUGCUCAACAACCACUUCCGCAGAAUUUCACGGGACAUAUUUUAUACCAAGAUUUUGUGCAGAAAAAAACAAAUGAGCGGAAAGCAGCAUUGCUGUGCAACGAGCACUGGUGGUCUGGACAUAAACAGCAUCGGGGGAUUCGACUUAUCAGGUAUGGACCGCUGCUCGCUGGAUCAGUGCUCAAUAGCACGAUGUUCAACUCCAUCUCUGAUUCACACUCCACCGCCACUUCCUUGGGAGUCGAAUCACAGUCUAUGCAACAGUGAAUUGUCAAAUACGUGAGGUAGAGACGUCGCCACGCAGACGGAGGAUCUUUUGUCUCCAGACGAAACUAGUUAGUAUUGCGUGGCGACGAUAUUGUUAAUGUCGUACGAACGAGUUUAUCAGCGAGUUGAUGCUGAUAAUGACAGUUACUCGAGGGUUAUGGAAAUAUCAAGGAUCCAGGGCAUCGAGUACUCGUGGUAUCAAGGACGUGAUGUUCUCGGAGGUGUGAGUGACGUUACUGAGGAGGACUAAUUCUCGCUGGAGUUGUCAACGAAAGUCGUUUUAUAAUUUUAUCCUGAUGGAGAUUUGUGGACUUGAAUGCAAAUCGUAGAAAAAGCUGGCGUCUUUUUUAGGAAGUUCCAGUGAAUUUCUAUUGGUGCUCUAAAGGCGUUCUAUAGAAGAUCUAAAGUUCUCUAGAUCCGUUUGAAUUUUAAUGGAACUCUCAUAGAAUUAUUAUAGAGUUCCCAUUAAAUCGGCUUUCUUUCUAGGAAAUUGUAUUGAAUUUCUAUUGAGAUUCUAUAGGAGUUCUCGCAGAUGUCUAUCAAAUUUUCAAUGGAACUCCUAUAGGAUUAUUCUAGACAAAAUAUACUAAAUUUCUAGUGGGAUUCUAUAGGAGUUCUCACAAAGAUCUAUAAAGAUUUGAAUAGAACUCCUAUAGAAUUAUUAUAGGGUAAUUCCAUUAAAUUUCUAGUGGAAUUCUAUAGGAGUUCCCACAAAGUUCUAUAAAGAUUUGAAUAGAACUCCUAUAGAAUUAUUAUAGGCUAAUUCUAUUGAAUUUCUAGUGGGGUUCUAUAGGAGUUCUCACAAAGAUCUAUAAAGAUUUGAAUAGAACUCCUAUAGAAUUAUUAUAGCCUAAUUCCAUUCAAUUUCUAGUGGGAUUCUAUAAGAGUUCUCACAAAGUUCUAUAAAGAUUUGAAUAGAACUCCUAUAGAAUUAUUAUAGGCUAAUUCUAUUGAAUUUCUAGUGGAAUUUCAUAGGAGUUCUAACAAAAUUCUAUAAAGAUUUAAAUAGAACUC